AUGGAUCAAUUCAUUCCUAUUAACCUCCGUUACAAUACGGAAUCAGGUACAUGCAGAGAUAAUCUGGUGCAACUAGUAACUCAAGUUAACAUGUUUGAUUGUGGCGGAAUGGUAGUUGGAGUUUCUGUGUUGCAUAACAUCGCUGAUGCAGCAUCAUUAAGCAUAUUCGUUAAUGCUUGGGCAAGAACAAACGCUCGUAUAAAGAUGAAUGAUGGAGGUCAUUAUGAAGAAGGAGAAUCAAUCAUCCCUACUUUUGACGGUGCUUUUCAUUUUCCUCCGAAAGACGUACCUAAUGUUCUGCCAUUCAAAAUGGAUCCAGGAAACAGUGAUAUCGUUACCGUUUGCAAGAGGUUUGUCUUCGUUUCAUCCAAAAUUGUUGCUCUUAAAGCCAAGGAUGCCAAUAAUUUACAUGUAGCAAACCCGACGAAGGUGGAAUUAGUAACAGCGUUGUUAUGGCAGUGUGCUUCGAACCUAAAGUUUACGGUAGAUUCAAAACCAUCCAUGUUGUGUAUAGCCGUGAACAUACUCCGAAGGAUGGUUCCUCCAUUGUCUGACCAUUCUAUAGGGAGUCUCAUUGCGCUUGCACUAGUAGGACCAUUGAAAAAACCAGGUGAAGAUGAAUUGCAUGAAUUGGUGGGAAGUCUGAGAUCCUCCAUAUAG